UGUUAGGGCUCAGGACUGUUUAAAAGCAUCCUCCAAAGCUAUGGCCAGUUUACAUCUGAAGAAAAAUCCAAACACUACCAUCUUUCUCUCCACUGGAUUUACAAUGACUUUUCUGUUCAGUAACUGAAUGCAAAUUGUGCAGACAAGACUUGAUUUUACCAAUUGUUGAGUAAACAAGGAACAAAUGUGUGGCUGCCUUUUUUGGACGUACAUUGUUUUUGAGUGAUUACUGCAGUUCGAGUGGAGACAAGGAUGGCUGCUAAGCGGAACCCUCUGGGAACCCCUGGACCAGAGCAGAUUCUCCCCUCCGACCCCGCCCAGAGAAGAACUACAACAACUACAGGUGCAACUAACGAUGACUUCUUCCACACCCUGGCCAGCGCCCAGGGUCAGCGCCUGGACGACCAGCGAGUUACGCUUGCCACGCUGCCCGGCUUCAGCCGCCAGACACCUGCCUCAAAUAAUCAGAGGUGCUCAACACCUCACAUCAUUCUGACCGAGAGCACUCCAGACACCGCCAGGAGAGAGCUGUCUGCAUCAGGCGACCCUGUACAGAGUAACACACCUCAACACUGUCCCGCCCAGGUGGCCACUGACGUGGAUCAGGAUACAAGCAGGACUGGGAUGAGCCAAGGGCAGCGGGGAGGCGUUGAUCCCAGUAAGAGCCCAUCUCCACGAGCCAAACAAGCAGAGGGAAAGCCAAGCACAACUAUUCCACCUACAGGGCCUGAUUCAGACAAGUUGUUCAACCUACUGGCUAAUACUCAGGCCCAACGGCUGGACGACCAGCGGGCAACUCUUCCUUCACUACCCGCGACAGAGGAUGAAAAGCCCACAACGUCUGGAGCCGCAGGCGAAUCAAGUUACCUAUGCUACAUGGUCUCCAAAGUGCAAGGUUCCAGGAUGGAAGAGCAGAGAUGCUCCCUACCCCAGAUUCAGACCCUGGAUACAGCAGCACCAACUCGGUCAGCCUCCUUCAGCCCUGGCUCAGACCUGGAGAGAGCCAAGACCAAGGACCCAGAGAGUCAGGAGCCCAUGGUGGAGGUGGACCAGGACAAGUUCCUCCGCAUGAUGAGCCAUGCCUCACAUGGGAGGAUGGAGGAGCAGCGCUGUGUGUUGAACCCCAGCAAGAGCGCCAAUUCUACCCCAAGACACACCGGAACCAAGGCCCCCAAAAGCACUGUACCCACAGGGCCUGAUUCCGAAAGAUUUUUCAGUCUCUUGUCCAACACUCAAGGCAGAAGACUGGACGACCAGCGAGUGACUCUUCCGUCUCUACCCGGGAUACGAAACGGAGGAACCACGUCGUCCGCUGAAGCAACUGGUUCCAGCCAAAUGUUGUACAUGGUCUCCAAAGUCCAGGGUUCCAGGAUGGACGAACAGAGAUGUUCUGCGCCAAACAUCUUCCAAAAUACAGGCAACCGAUCUGGCCAGCAGAGUUCUCUCGGCUCCAAUCUGACUGACUGCAAAGAUAAACCUCCCAAGAGGUCGGCCUCUUUUAGCCCUAUCCCAGAUGCCAAACAGACAACAGCUGAUCAAGACAGCUUCUUUGCCAUGAUGAAUCAUGUCCAUCGUGAACGCAUGGACGACCAGCGAUGUUCUUUGACACCUAGCAGUAGCACACAAAAUGUGACAAGAGACCGCCCGGCAAGUCCUGCCCUCAAAGGUACAAGCCCAGAUGCCCAACAGGCAACAGCUGAGCAAGACAGCUUCUUUGCCAUGAUGAAUCAUGUCCAUCGUGAACGCAUGGAUGACCAGCGAUGUACUUUGACGCCGAGCAGUAGCAUACAGAAUUUGUCCAGAGACAGCCCGGCAAGUCCUGUCCUCAAAGGUCAGAGCCCAGAUGCCCAAAAGGCAACAGCUGAGCAAGAAAGCUUCUUUGCCAUGAUGAAUCAUGUCCAUCGUGAACGCCUGGACGACCAGCGAUGUUCUUUGACGCCUAGCAGUAGCACACAGAAUUUGGCCAGAGACCACCCGGCAAGUCCUGCCCUUCAACAGAAAGGUUCUGCGCCAAACGUCGUCCAAAAUAAAAGCAACCCAUCUGGCCAGCAGAGUUCUCUUGGCUCCAAUCUGACUGACUGCAAAGAUAGACCUCGCGAGAGGUCGGCCUCUUGUACCCCUAUCCCAGAUGCCCAACAGACAUCAGCUGACCAAGACGGCUUCUUUGCCAUGAUGAAUCAUGUCCAUCGUGAACGCAUGGACGACCAGCGAUGUUCUUUGACGCCUAGCAGUAGCACACAGAAUUUGGCCAGAGACCGCCCUGCAAGUCCUGCUCUCAAAGGUACAGGCCCAGAUACCCAACAGACACCAGCUGAGCAAGACAGCUUCUUUGCCAUGAUGAAUCAUGUCCAUCGUGAACGCAUGGACGACCAGCGAUGUUCUUUGACGCCUAGCAGUAGCACACAGAAUUUGGCCAGAGACCGCCCGGCAAGUCCUGUCCUCAAAGGUACAGGCCCAGAUGCCCAACAGGCAACAGCUGAGCAAGACAGCUUCUUUGCCAUGAUGAAUCAUGUCCAUCGUGAACGCCUGGACGACCAGCGAUGUUCUUUGACGCCUAGCAGUAGCACACAAAAUUUGGCCGGAGACCGCCCGGCAAGUCCUGCCCUUCAACAGAAAGGUUCUGCGCCAAACGUCGCUCAAAAUAAAAGCAACCCAUCUGGCCAGAAGAGUUCUCUUGGCUCCAAUCUGACUGACUGCAAAGAUAGACCUCGCGAGAGGUCGGCCUCUUGUACCCCUAUCCCAGAUGCCCAACAGACAUCAGCUGACCAAGACAGCUUCUUUGCCAUGAUGAAUCAUGUCCAUCGCGAACGCAUGGACGACCAGCGAUGUUCUUUGACGCCUAGCAGUAGCACACAAAAUUUGGCCAGAGACCGCCCUGCAAGUCCUGCUCUCAAAGGUACAAGCCCAGAUACCCAACAGGCAACAGCUGAGCAAGACAGCUUCUUUGCCAUGAUGAAUCAUGUCCAUCGUGAACGCAUGGAUGACCAGCGAUGUACUUUAACGCCUAGCAGUAGCACACAAAAUUUGCCAAAAGACUGCCCCGCAAGUCCUGCCCUCACAGAUACAGACACAGACAUGCUCUUUAAAAGCCUUGCCCGCAGUCAAGGCCGGAGGCUGGACGAUCAGCGCAUUACGCUUCCCUCCUUGCCAGGGAUCGGCGGAUCGUCAAAGCCGAAAGGCAGUGGCACGGCAAGAGCUGAAGGCCAGGGUCCUCCACCCCAAAUUCUUCUGAGUGAGGGGACACCGGUGACAUUACGUAAGGCCCUUUCCAGGCCUGCUUCUCCAUCCAGACGAACUGAGUCAUGUUAUGACCUAUCUGCCUCUUUCAGCCCAGGCUCAGAAUGUCAGAAGAUAAAUUCGCCGGGAAAAGUUACAGUUACGGUAUCCAUGAGCUUCACACAACAACCGGGCAACGAGAACAGCGACCUACCGUGUGAGUUCCCGGAGGUCUUCCUCACUCUUGGAGCCCCAGGAGAUAAGAUCGUUGUACCCUUGAGCCCACGUCCUGGCAGACCCCUUUCCCUCAACCUCAACUUGGUUCCAAAGGAGACCAGUGAGCCCAGACUCGCCCCCCCAAACCAUGCAAGCCGCUCAAGACCAUCUUCCCCUCACCCAGGGGUCUCCCAUAAGCACCAACCUCAGGCCACCGGCUCUCAUCAGAAUGAACAGAGGAAGCCAAUCAACACCAUCAGCCCAGAUGAUGACUAUUUCUCCCUCAUUGAGAGGGUCCACGCCGCCCAUCUACAGAUUGGGCUAGGACAGGGAGGGGUUAAAGGAAAAGGGGAAGCCGCUCAGGGGAAAAGGAAGGUGGAGCAAGGAAAAGGCAGUGAUAAAGGAAACGGGAGAAAAGAUAAGAAGGAUUGUGGCAGGAAGAGGUGAUUCACUUUCAAUGGCCACCAGUAAAAGGAAGGUCAACAGCGGAGAAAGGCUCUUGUAGUUUUUUUGGCUUUCGAAUUAUCCUUUAUUUGUAAUUGUUGUAAUUUGUAAUUGAAGUAGUUGUGUUAAGUAUGCAAACAAAGACUGAUUUUUUUCCAUGCUUAGAAAUGUAUUUUGUGAUUUUGCUCAUUGUGUAAGAUUUGGUAUUUUUGUCUUCUAUAAAUUGUAUAAACUGAACUUAAACCCUAUUACCAAUAUAAUGAAACAAAAAUAAAUAGAUAUUGCAUCUGC